AUGGAGCUCAACCACAUGGACGCAAAGGAAAAUCUUACGACGGCCGAGCGCUUUCGUCGUGCCGGCGCACGCGCCCGUCUCCGCCACGAGUCCCUCGGGGUGGCGGUGCCGCUCACCUUGGGGUCCUGGGAGUUCGUCGCACACUUCGCCAUAGGCAGCCCGCCGCAGGAGGUUCAUGCCGUGCUCGACACCAUGAGCAGCCUGGUGUGGACUCAAUGCAUGCCAUGCGGUAAUGACUGCUUCUAUCAAGACGUGGACAUCUACGACUUCUCGCUUUCGAGCACCGGGAUGGCCGUGUCCUGCAACGACUCCCUGUGCAGCGCCGGGCACGAGACCCAGCCGUGCACGGGCGACGAUGGCCGCGCCGGCGCGUGUGCUGUUCGGACGACCUCCGUCGGUGUGGACCUCGCUGGCGUGCUACGCAUUGAGGAGUUCACCUUCGGCUCGGAAAAGGCAAGCAUUGCCUUCGGGUGCAUCACCAAGACGGACACCACGGGAAUCGGCGAAGGCGAAGACGCCUCCGGCGUCAUCGGCCUCGGCAAGGGCCCACUGUCGCUGGUCUCUCAGAUCGGCGGCAACCGGUUCUCCUACUGCCUCAGCAACCAAGUCCAGUCAAGCCUUCUCGUCGGUCCCUCAGCCGUCCUGAAUGGCGGCGCGCCGUUUGCGUCAGCGCCCUUCAGCCCUCGGUCCUCCUACAACCUGCUUUUGGCCGCGGUGUCGGUCGGAGAAGCUGAUCUUAACAUUCCCUCUGAGGACGGCGGCAUCAUCAUCGACGUGCGCACCCCCUUCAUGUUCCUGGUUGACGCGGCGUACAAGGAGCUGAUGCAGGAGCUGUCAUGGCGGCUGGGCGGUAGCCUCGUCCCGUCGCCGAUCCACGACAUGUUCGAGCUGUGCGUGGCGCCAGCGGACGUGAGCAGGCUUGUGCCACCGCUGGUGCUCCGUUUCGGCCAAGGGGGCGGGGCUUGGGCGAUUCCGGCGGAGAACUACUGGAUACAGCUGAACCUCGAGGCGUCAUGCAUGAUGGUCGUAAACUCGGCGGUCUCCUCCAAUGGGGCACCGAUGAACAGGACAACGGUCAUAGGGAACUACAUGCUGCAGAACAUGCAUGUUCUUUACGAUCUUGACAACAAGGAGGUCUCGUUCCAGCCCGCCGACUGCAGCUCCAUCUGA